AUGCAGACCCUCAGCGAGGCGUUAUUGCACAACAACCAUCCUGUGCCACCUCCACAGCCUGCCGGGCAUAGAGAUAUAGGACGCCUUAUGUCAGGCCAUAGACCUCCGACGUUCGCGGGCGAGGAAGACCCCAUUGUGCUUGAAGAGUGGAGGAGCGGCGAGUGGAGCUUGCAGGCCGACUUGUGGUGGAUACACGAGGGCCCAGCUUGUCUUGAGGAGCCUGGCUUUUACUGGACGGCCUUGAAGGACCGGAUGCGUGAGCGGUUUUAUCCGGCGCAUGUUCGAGCCGCGAUCUAUGAGGAGUUCCUGCACCUUCAACAAGGUUCUUCAUCGAUGGUUGAGUACCACAAGAAGUUUCUAGAGCUCGCUCGCUUCGCCAGGAUGCUUGUCCCCACCGAGCUCGCCAAAGCUAAGAAGUUCGUAGCCGGUUUGAACUACGAGGCACGCAAGGCUUUAACCGUGAGUAGGCCGAGGUCUUUGAAGGAAGCAUACUUGAGUGCCGCGGACUUGUAUCGGGUGCAGCAGCUACAGCGUGGAUCUUAUGAGCUUGCAAGGAAGAGGACCAAGAGUGGAGGAUCUUCAAACUUCAAGAGGCCCAAGCAGAACUUCCAAGCCAAGAACGCGCCUCCCCCAUCUCAAGGACCAACUCGAGCGGAGCCCAGGAGCCAAGCCUGGACGUUCCCGUGCCGUAGGUGUGGGAAAGAGCAUGCGGGCAAGGAUUGCCAUGGUCAAGCGUUCCGAUGUUUCCGUUGCGGGGAUAGAGGUCAUAAGAUUGCCGAGUGCCCUCAGCAAGCUAACCAAAGGGCGUUGCCACCAUCUACGGGAUCCGGAGGAGCAUCGGGCGGGAGCUCGAGUCGUGGAGCAGCUGGGGCCAGACCGUCCGGGUAG